AUGGGCUGUUAUUGGGGAGAGGACGCCCUGCGCAUGGAUGAGUUGCAGAGUCAAUGGCGAGCUGCUACUGGAUGGCAAGAUCCCGACCCUCAGGAUCAAGCGUCCCCGUCGGCAUCCACAUCAUCGGUCGACAGCGGCAGCAGCUACGCGGAUAGCGCGCUGAGCGACGAGUCGGAAGACAGCGUCCACGCUCUCAUGGGCAUCUUUGCGGGGCCCAAUCAGGACGUGGGCGUGCUACCGCUUGUCGACCUGUGGCUUGACCUAGCCGACAACCUGAAGCAAGAAGACAUCCCGGACCCACUGGAGUUCCUCAAAGAGCGCGAUGCGAUUGUGAGCAUAAUACAGGCUGCGCGCGAACGCGCCUACGCGGCUCUGAACGCACCACAUGCAAGAACGAUCUCCAAGCCUGAAACGACGCGAGCGCAACCGCGCGAGGCCGAAGUCAAGGAGGUCAAACCAAGGGGAUCAACGCGAACUCUUUUUCGGAUGCCGAAGCUUGUGCGAAAGUGGAACGAGGGCCUUAAGGGUCUGACAAACCGACUCCGAAGGUUCUGGUUCCUAGCCUUUCGUGAACCAUCCGGACCCGUGUAG